UCCGCGUUCAUGAGCGCAGCAUUGACAGUGCACAAACAGACUCGGUUUUAUACGCACGAGUGUAUUUUUGUAUUAGGUCUUUCAUCUGUAGAUCAGUUUAUGUUCACAGAGACAUUAGAAAACUUUGUUCUGACCAGCCAUUAAAUAGGCAAAUAUGUGUCACAACUACAUCAUGCAGUAAUCAGGGGGUCUUGUUAAACACACACAGCUCACUUCCUCGUUUUCCCCUGACGAAAGAGCAGCGACUGACCGCCUGUCGGACACAGACAGCGCUGGACAUCUGCAGAGUUUCUCUCUCUAUCUCCAGUCAUGCAGAGCGAGAUUUCACAUGACGUGCAGCAAUGGCACAAGGAGGCCUUGAGAAACUCAGUGCUGAACUCAACUCUGCCCAACUCUCUUUUGGGAGGUCAGCCUGUGGGAGAAGUGAUCCAGAGAGGCCACUACACCCCCCUCUCAGUGUCUGCGUGUGAGCACGCUUACGGUAGGGUUCAGAGAGGAGACCGGGAAGCUUUUGAGGAUGUUAUAUCUCGAGAGUUUCCUCCUGGAUCUGUAGGCCGCAGAGUGGUUCUUCAUGGUGGAGUUGGAAUGGGUAAGACUACAGUGGUGGAAAAGGUCAUUUGGGAUUGGGCGACUGGCACUCGCCUGCAACAUUACGCACUCCUUCUGCGAGUGCCUGUUUUGGAGCCGGCCGCUCUCGAAGGGAAAUUUGAGAGUUUGCAAAGCAUGUUGGGUCGCACGCACACUCAGAUCUCCUCUGAGACUCUCGACGGCGCUCUCCAGAGCCCUCAAUCUUUACUUCUUGUGCUCGACGGGCUGGAACAAUUGCAGGACCUUCUAUGCACUCCAUCGUCCUCCUCUAGUCUCAUCUCGGACGUACAACAAGAAGCGAGCGGCUCUGUAUUGCUGUGCAGUCUUCUUCACGGAUCUCUGCUUCCUGGAGCUUCGAUGCUGAUCACGUCCAGAGAGCAAGUCAAGCUUGAGUCUUUGAGAUGUUUUGAGGUGGUCGGUUUCUCUCAGAGCCAAAAGAGAAUGUUCUUCCAGAAGUUCUUUGGCGACGUAGACCUAUCGGAGAGAAUUUUUCAGCAAAGUGAGCAGGCGUUGGGAGUGCAUGAGCAGUGUUUUCGUCCGGCCUUCUGCUGGACGCUUUGCAGUGUGUUUAAAACUCAGUUUGAGAGUAAAAACACCCCGCCUGAGACUCUUACUCACCUUCUCAGCAUUAUAACACACACGCUCCUGCAGAAACAGAAGAUGCAUGUAGAAGAAACCAGAGAGAUUGUGUUAGGUUUGGGCAAACUAACCAAUCCGGUAUGCUCCUACAACGAUGUGCGUUCUUUUCUGCACCGGCCUGUGCUUUCUGAUUUCUUGUGCAUCAGUGGUGAUGUCACUUCCCCUGAUACCACAUUCUCCUUCCUGUCUCCAGUGAUGCAAGAGUUCUUAUUGGCCACCUCCUUUUAUCUCGACCAAUCAGUGCAUAUCUCGGACGAGCGCUCUGAUUUGUACUACACAUUUCUAGUAGGGCUGUCAGACUCAGUCCAGCGCAAACCAAUAGAAGACUCCGUGGGCAGGUUCGAUGAAAGCCGGAUGUCUGCGUUCUCUCAGUGGAUGAUGGGAUAUGUUUCAACAGUGUUGGCAGGUGGCGAUGCACCAAAGCACUUUAGUGUAUUUCGGCUUCUGCAACAUGCACGUAACUCGUCUCUGGUCAAAGAAAGCGUCAGUAAGAGCCAGUGGCGGCAUGUGAGCUACAGUGAAAUGCAGGAGCCUGACUGCGCAGCGCUGUCAUAUGUAGUGAGUUGCGUGGGAGAGAUGGAGCAUAUGAACCUAUACAGAGGAGUACUAACAGACGAGCAGGCCAAGAAACUUAUACCAGCGUUAAGGCUGUCGAAAAGCAUUGGUCUGUCACAGAGUCGUCUCAGUUUAGCCUCCAUCACCCACCUGGCAACAGCGCUGGCUGAGGGUCGGACGACCACGCUGGAUUUGGCCUACUCCACAUUAGAAAAAGAAUCAGUCAGAACUCUCUGCCAUGCACUCACACGCUCUGCGCUGCAAUCGCUCAAUUUGUGUGGAUGCUCAUUGGAUGCAGCUGACUGUGAAGCACUGGCGAAGAUGCUCUCCGGAGGCUCCCGACUGCGUGUGCUGAACCUCUUUGGGAAUAAACUAGAGGAUCAAGGCCUUAUUCAUCUCAGCAGUGCACUGGAGAACUGCAGACUAGAAGAAAUCAAUCUGGAUGGGUGCUCACUGACAGCGGCAUCCAUGUUUGCACUGUCUUCAGCUCUGAACAAUGGUUUUUCAGAGCUGAGGAUGCUAAACCUGUGCCGGAACUCACUGACGGAUGAUGGGAUGGAGCUGAUCUCACAAGUGAUACAGAAACGCCGCCUAAACACAUUAAAAGCAUCUGACUGCGAGUUGACUGGCUCCUGCUGCCCCUCUCUGGCAGCCGCCCUCCAGUCAGAAAAAUGCUGUUUGACUGAGCUGGACGUGUCCGUGAAUGAACUCGGCCAAUCAGGAGUGAUGCAGAUAUGUGAAGCCCUGAUGUCUCCUAAGUGCAUGCUGGAAAUACUGGAUUUGACGAGGUGUGAGAUGACUGAGGAGGAGUUUCGAGUGCUGGGGAGUAUUUUGACGUCUGGCGCAUCAAGGCUUAUCAGUCUCUCGGUAGGACUGAAUAAUGUAGGCGACGCUGGAGCCAAACACAUGUGGGCGGCGCUGAGACACAAAAACUGCAAACUACAGCACCUGGAUCUGGAGAUGCUGUCGCUGACAGACGCUUGUGUAGACGAGUUAUGUGAAUCUGUUGCUGCCAGCAGCACUUUAUCAACUCUCAUCCUAAAAAACAACCAAAUGACGGACUCCGCCGUACCACAGUUGGUCGAAUUAAUGCUGGGCCGUCCUCAGAUGACAGAGCUAAAUGUGAAGUAUAAUGACUUCAGUGAGGAUGUUUUUGACUUGAUGGAAACGUGCCCAAAUAUCGUUUACUAGAAGAAUCUCAGCAAGUCAUGGCCUGAUGGUUAGAAAAUCAGACUGGUAACCCGAAGGUGGCGGGUUUGAUUCUCAAUGCUAUCAGGAAAUGACUGAAUGCCCCAAUCACUCCCUGGACGCCACAGCAAAAUGCCUGCCCACUGCUCCGGGUGUAUGUCCACGGUUUGCAGUGUGUGUGUAUUCACUACUCACUACUCCUAAUGUGUGUGCACUAACUUGAAAUGCAGAGGACAUGCAGAGGAAGUAUGUGCUACCUUAAUUGGCCUUCACGUCACUUUCAAGAGACAACAGUUUUGCAAUAUUUUCUAAAUGUCGAUAAAAAACUAUUGCGAAAUGACGCCGUUUCCAUUAACCGAUGUUAUGCGACUAAAACUUUUUUUCCUCUUGUGAUAAGUUAUUCAAAAAAAUCAUGUUAGUAGGUUUAAGUUUAUCGCAGCCACAGCACUAGACAUUAUUUUUAAUCUUAGGAGAUGCAGGCAUGUUAUCCAAGCAUUAAUGGCAAGGAAAGCCCCUUAUACUUGGGAGCGGACACGUAUGAGGUGUUUCUGGGUGUUUCUCCCUCAUAUUUGCUUCGAGGUCUUGAUAAAUUGUGGCAUUUCUUUGUUGUUUAGAAUCCAGUAUUUCUUUUGUCUUUUAUGAGUUUAAUAAAGAACUCUGUCUCGUCUUCUAUCCAAACAUA